AUCCCGUAGCCCUUCAAGUAUUCUAAUGUGUCGUUUUCUCCAACGCUUCUUUACCCCUUUUCUAUCCUUCGUUAUUCCAUCCUAACCUCUACCGACAAGUAAUUGCAUGUUCAAUAUUUUAUUGUUCUACGAACCUACCCUACGUUGUCUACCAAAUCGACAAAUACCCAAUCAUGUUGGACAGAUCUACAAAAUGCCUGGUAGUGUGCUGCGUUUAUAGCAUAUGGGGUGCCACCAUGAUUUUGAUCGACGCAAAGAUUGUCCAGCGGCGAGAUACAAUUGUCCAACGGGGCCGUGAGCUCCAAAACAGUCUUCGCAUACCAAGUUGUUUGCGCGUUUUCGCCGAAGAGGAUCCAGGAAUAUUGAAGGAGAAUUUGAGAACCGCAGCCCACUUCCUAGUCCUCGCGUGCGCUAUGGCUGUCCUCGGCGUACUUGUCGUUUUUCUUAAUUGGACGGUUUGGGAUUCUUCCGUAUUAGGCGUUGCAAUUAUUAGCCCGUUCUGUAUGGUUCUUAUCGUAUGGCUGGGACUUAUAUUGGGGAGGCGAAAGAUAUCGAAGGGCAACUUCAAGGACGACAGAGAGGAUCCCGAGAAAGGCAUACCAAACAACGGAUUGAAUCCUGGUGUGAAAAGGGCGCUUCAAGGUUUUCGGGUCACCGCUGUGAUGGCACUUUGA